AUGGUAGAGGAAAUAUAUCGUAAAAACAAACGGCAUUUGUUAUUUACUGAAAAUAUUUGGCGUAUUACCAAAGAUACAGCAUUAUCUCCGCAUUAUAAUCGACUCCUACAUAGUUUUUCUCGAAUUGGUGUCCCCAAAGCACUGAAAGAGCCACCAUGUUGCCGUACGAUGUGUUUAGGAUGCUUUCGCUCGCUUGGUACAACGGACAAGAGAAUGAAGAUACGGAAAAAGCGCCUUCAUUAUCGCUCACGAAAAUCUCAUCAAAUUGAUCAAAUAUUCAUUUGUAGAGUAUGUGGUACGAAGGAGGUGUCUUCCGGAUUUUUUCCUCAGGAAUAUAAGAUCGCAAAGGAGGAUCCACUCAUUUCGGAUAAAAACAGUUCCACUUGUGCAAAGAAAAAAGCAAACAAACAAAGUAAAAAGGAAAAGAAGAAAUUGAAAAAGAAUAUACUGAAGUCGGAAGUCGUCCAGGUAGCGUCCAAAGCCAAACCCAAGUCAUCAUCUGUUAACUCAUUCACAACAUUUAUGUCGUCGCUGGCAUAA